UGUUUGAGCACACUAGUUAACUAACUUAACGGUAUAGUUAACUGUGAAUGAAAAGGAAAGCUUUGAUCGGAAUGCUCACUAUUUUUACGAGCUAGUAUAGCGUCAGUUGCCUGUAGUUAGCUAGCUAACGUUAAUUGGUUAAAAAUGAGCUGUUUAGAUCUUCCGGAUACGUUGUGUUAAACGUUAGCUAUAUUUCAACGAUUCAGUUCAUUUUUAUGUAAAUUACAAACGUGUACUAACCAAUUUUCAUGAGCAUUGUAAAAAAAAUGCAGUGAUAGACUUAAUUAGCUAGCUACGUAGCUGACUAACGUCAGCUAUUUUGUGUAAAAUUGCGGCUCGAAGAUUUAAUAGCUAGAUGAGUUGGUUAAUGGUAGUUGCACAUUAAGAACGUUUUCCAUCAAAAUCCAUUUGACAUAAUAUUUGAGGGUACAUUGACCUCAGCUGACUUCAAUUUCGGCAUUGUCUCAGCGCUCGUGUAAUUAAACUUCGGCGUUGAUAGCUGUUUUUGAGGUAACUUGGUAACUACGCAAUGUGCAUGCACGGAGGAGAGGGGCGGAGAGAUGCGUGUGGUUUGUGGUGUUGAAGACCAGUCGCUAUAUUGUAACGCUGGUGAAAGGAUUUGACUAAAUUCGGGGACAUAGCCAACGUUGUUUAUCCGUUUUAUUUCUUAUAGGAGUGCAGGUUGCACUUAACCCCGUCUGGAAAUGUCCAACGUGAGUUGGAAACCAUUUAUAUUCGGAGGGCUGGCUUCAGUUACUGCAGAGUGUGGUACUUUCCCUAUCGAUCUGACAAAAACUCGUCUCCAAGUACAAGGGCAAGUGUGCGACAGUCAAUACAAAGAGAUCCGCUACCGUGGAAUGCUCCAUGCCUUCGCGAGGAUAUGCCGGGAGGAAGGUCUCCGCGCUCUGUACUCCGGAAUCGCACCGGCCAUGCUCCGGCAAGCCUCAUAUGGGACUAUAAAGAUUGGAACAUACCAGAGCUUCAAAAGAUUGCUGGUUGACAGGCCGGAGGAUGAAACGCUGAUCAUGAACGUGCUGUGUGGAGUUCUGUCUGGGGUCAUCUCCUCCUCUAUCGCCAACCCCACCGACGUGCUGAAGAUCCGGAUGCAGGCCCAAGGAAAUCUUAUACAGGGGAGCAUGAUGGGAAACUUCCUCAACAUCUACCAGCAAGAGGGAACGCGAGGACUGUGGAAGGGAGUGUCCUUAACUGCUCAGAGGGCGGCCAUCGUUGUGGGGGUGGAGCUUCCUGUGUACGACCUCACCAAAAAGCACCUGAUCCUCUCAGGUCACAUGGGAGACACGGUGUACACUCACUUCCUGUCCAGCGUUGUGUGCGGCUUGGCCGGGGCCCUGGCCUCCAACCCAGUGGACGUUGUGCGGACUCGCAUGAUGAACCAGAAGGCCCUGCGCGACGGUACCAGCGCGGGGUACAAGGGCACGGUGGACUGCCUACUGCAGACGCUGAGGUCCGAGGGCUUCUUCGCUCUCUACAAGGGAUUCUUUCCCAACUGGCUGCGGCUCGGUCCUUGGAAUAUCAUCUUCUUCUGCACCUACGAACAGCUGAAGAAGAUUGACGUGUGAACGGGACGAUGUCGGGGGCAGGAUGCCAACUGACAUUAACAGGUCCGGGAUCCUCAGGGAGGGGCAGCGUGAUCAGCGUUGUGGACAGCAGAUGUCCGGUGGAAGGGCUGGACUGCCUGACUGUGAUGCUGGUCAUGAACAAGCGUUAAUCACUGGGACUCAAGCGCAGCUUUUCUCCACUAGCAUCAUGGCACCUUGUGGAGUACAAUCGGACAUUUUACAGGCUGAUCACGGACGAUGAAUACAUGUCCUUCACAAUCCUCUCACGAUAGGUGUGAGUGUCUGAUUGUUUAACAACGCCGCGUUGGGGAAUAUGUUUCACAAAGCAUUCAAGUAUGCUACAAGUAUGGUCACGCUUCAUUCAAUAUGUCGUGUUACGCACAGUGUAUCUGUUUUUGCCUCUUUAUGACAGGCGUAUUAUUUGGCGUAUUAUUAUAUUUACGUCAGUGUUUAUCAUACCGUAUACCUUUGUGGCUUCACUGAAACCAAAGUGACUGAUGAGAAAAGGCUUCUUGCAAUAAAUGACUUCCGCUCAGUUUAUCAUUACGAGUCAAAACAUUUUAAAAUGAUCCCAGUUGCUCUGGGUGUGGGGUCUGUUUUAUGUGCCAUUUGUUGGAUAAGGAGUCGUACUCUAUUUACUAUUGGCUUCUGUUUUUUUAUGGAUACAGUAUUGCAUGUGGAAACAAUGUAGAUGUAAAGUUUCUGACUUCUGUCAGUGCGCUACAGAAUUGUAUGCAGUGAACUUCAGUGAUCAUUGUGCCAGGAUGUAGAAAAAGCUCCAAGGUGCUGAACCAAAUUCUUGUGCUGGUGUGUGCUUCUGAAACGUUUUUAAUGGACACAGUUCUUCGUUACUUGCCUAUUGGUCAAAAGCAUACGUCACUUUUUCCACCCUUAUAUAGGAGGUAGUAGUUUGAUAUGUAGAAACUGCUAAAUAAAUUAUGCAGCUGUUUGACAGCAAGGAUGAGUGUCAUGCAAAAUAUGAAUGCCGAUAUUUGCAUUGGUAUAUUUGAUUAAUGUUCUUCAGGCAGGAAUGGCCUUGUUUGCAUAUUAGCGUUUCAGAAAAGCCUUUGCUAUUUUUAAUAUGUUAUGUAACUCAUGUGUAUGGAUGGCAGGCAGGAUAUGACUGCUAAUGAAACUGUACCCUGGUCUUCAGUUUCAUUGCUCUGGUAAUGCUCCAACACAAACUCGUACAUUCUGUACUGCAUCUACCAAACAGUACCAUUUAUCAACUGCCUCAGUGCAACAUUACUGCUAAAUAUUGUUUAAGGCCGCUUGACUAUGUUGUUGUCCUCAUAGGAACCAAGUGGACCAAGAGCUGUUAAUGUAUUUUGUUAGACUUUGAGGUAUCUAUUAAGGAACCAGUUUAUUGUUGAUUAAGUAAUGGAAAUCAAGGGACAAAUGUACUUUAUUAUUGUUAAAAUGGAUCACAAGGUCACCAAGUUUUUGUAUCAGUUUUGAAAUAUUUGUCUUUGGUAUUUCCUUGUGGGUAUUGUUUUCUAAUGGACAGGACAGCUGAGGAAACCAUUGUUUAUACCAGCUUAGGAUGACUGGCAUUUCCUGAUGUUUGAUAAAAUAUUGUGUGUUGAGAGCUUUGGUUAUUGUGCUGCAUGUAAGAGAGAUAUAGAUUUCCUCAUUUGAUACUGAAGUGCUUCCUCUUAGCAGGCUUCCGUACAGUGCAAUGUAAGGGCUAUAGAAUACGCUUUACUCUGGCCAUCAGUGUCCGAUAUCCUUGUGUGCUGAACUAUUUGUAAUGUGCAGAAAUGACAUUUGUCAUUGUCAGUGUGGAUGUGCAGUGAGGACUGCCGGUACAUUUUGACUGCUGAAUUAUCUGCCUACUUUGUACAGACUUUGGCCUAAAUUUAAUGCCACGAAACCCCCCUUUGUAGCCUUCAUGCCACAAAUGCCCCCCUCCCCCUCCCACUAAGUUUAGUCUCCUGCCUGGAUAUUAAUCCGGAAAAGGGGUUCUAGCACUUUAGCAGCAGUGUGGACACAGUAGAAAAAGAUGAAUUGUACAUUCACAAAUUGAAAGGGCUUGUGGACUACUACAGUUCAUUUUUGUAUUGAGAUUUGUCCCCCAUUCAAAGUGUUUUGUCUCCAAAAAGGCUUGAAGCUUUUUAGUAGAUCUUUGAGAUUGAACUUUUUUCUAAUCCUUAAACCCUUGUUUGUGCAGGUGAACCUUCAAAACAAUGUAUGAUUAUGCAAUGAGCCAGUCGCUCAGCAAAAAUACUUGGGUAAAUGUCAUCAUGUGUUUGGAAAGAGUGACAUCUCUCUUUCAAGUUAAUAACUAGAUUUGUCAUUUCAUGCUAAUGGAGGAGAUGGGCUUAUUUGUAAGUCUAAGUGUGCUUUCUUAUGAACUCCAGUUGAAUUAAUAAUUUAAUUUGAAUGUAUAUCCAAAUCCUUGCCAAUGAAAAUCAGUAUCAUGAUGUGGAAAAUUGUAUUGAAAAAAUAAUUGCAUAUUUUUUAGAUUAAUAUUUGGUUACUCGUGGGAAGCCCAGUGUAAAGGUUAAGGUUUCUUCACCUUGGCCCUCCAAACUCUGAAUAUGAAUAUAUAAAAGUGUGUAAAUUAUAAAUAAAUUAAUCUCAUUUAUGCACAAA